AUGAAUCAAACAAGAAAAAAAAGAACAAUAUGUCUUCCAGUAGAUGGAAGUGAUCAUUCUAAACGUGCAGUUGAAUGGUUUAUUAAAGAAGUUUAUCGACCUGGUGAUGAAGUUCUAUUUGUACAUUGUUUAGAAUUACCACAUUUACCAGCAAUUAGUUUAACAUCUGGUUUAAAAGUACCUAUUGAUGAUUGGACUAAAGCACUUCAAGAAAAUAUCGCUCGAACAACUAAAUUGAACGAUGAGUAUGGUUAUAUGUGUGAAUGCAGUAAGAUACCAUACGAUUUUGUAAUAAAAAAUGGAAUAGCUCCAGGUGUUGGAAUAGUUCAAACUGUAGAAGAGCAUCACGCUGACUUAAUUGUUAUGGGUAAUCGUGGACUAAGUAGACUCAAACGUACACUACUUGGUAGUGUAAGUAGUUAUGUAGUACACAAUGCAUAUGUACCAUGUAUCAUGGUGCCACCGGUUUAA